AUUUCGACUAAACGUCGUGUUGGCUUGACGUCACUUGUUGCGUCAUCACAAGUUACGUCAUCACAAGUUGCGUCACGGGGCGGGGAAACAGUCGACGAACAAAAUGGAGGAAUAUGCCAGAGAGCCGUGUCCCUGGAGGAUUGUGGACGACUGUGGGGGUGCGUUCACCAUGGGGGCCAUUGCAGGAGGACUUUUCCAGGCAGUCAAAGGCUUCAGGAAUGCACCUGCGGGCAUGAAUCACAGAAUGAGAGGCAGCAUGACAGCCAUCAAAACCAGAGCGCCACAGCUUGGAGGCAGUUUUGCGGUGUGGGGAGGCCUCUUCUCCAUGAUUGACUGUGGCUUAGUGAAGGUGCGAGAGAAGGAGGACCCCUGGAAUUCAAUCACCAGCGGCGCCAUGACAGGAGCAAUCCUCGCCGCCAGGAACGGCCCAGUAGCCAUGGUGGGUUCUGCAGCCAUGGGUGGCAUCCUACUAGCUUUGAUAGAGGGCGCCGGAAUUAUGCUCUCUAGGUUUGCCUCGUCACAGUUCCCAACAGGUCCUCAGUUUGCGGAGGAACCGGCGCCCACCUCCAUGCCCGCCGCCCCCUUUGGAGAUUACAGACAAUAUCAGUGAAGAGGACUGACCUGCUGCUACUUUUUAAAAUUAUUUUUGGAGUUCCAAAGAUAUAAAAGGCUGACAAUGAUUAACGUAACCAUAGCAACCUCCUCCCCACCAGAUGAACAAGAUACUGCAAAGGGACAUCUGGACAUUGCUCAGCCUAAAUAUCUAUUGUACUUUAAUAUCACUCGGAUACUUUUGUGUAAAUACGUUCAAAGCUUC